AUGUCAACACCUAUGCCAACCUCUAUACCAAUUACCACCCCUACCAUCUGUCAACGUACCUUCCGUCUACAAUCCUUUAUUGAUUAUUCCAAAAAUCCAGAUCUUGUCAUCAAAGGCAAUGAGCCUCUCCCUCCUUCCGUCUUCCCACUUCUUACAGCAGCAUUAAUACCAAUGAGUAAUAUUCACUAUCUUCAUCUCUUUGAAUAUUAUAAGACUGCAUACCAAAAUCAAGCAUUGGUCUAUUACGAAGAAGCUUCAUCAUCACUGUACUUUGUUGACAACCUGAUAAAUAAGCUUAAAUCAGUAAACAUUCUUGGCCAGACUUAUAAAGGCCAGAAUGAAUCAGGACAUCAUGGUUCCCUCAUUCAAGCCAAAUUUUAUGGAAGUACAGGCCAGCAUGUACUCGCAUACACAGGUUAA